GUAGCCCGGGCACGUUCCUACACCCGAUCGAACUAAAACAAAAAUAAAACGGAACAAGAAAUAAACCACCACCUCCUUCCUCGUGCAAGGAGACCGGUGGCGCUUAGCAAAAUAAUUUCGCGUCCUUAACUUAAGUGGUUAAUUUCGUCGAAAAACUUUGUGUUAAUUUUUAAUGACAGAAAUUCCUCUGUUCGUGGAUACUGUCGGACUGUCCAGGAAGUGAUAUAUCAACAAUGGUGUUCCCAGUGGUUUUACUAGCAUUUUAAGUUAAAUUCCAACAGUGACGUAUCACCGCUUCCGUUUUCACGAAUUUUCUGCAAACGUUCGGAUCGUGCUUAGUUUUCCGGCUUAGUAAAUAGGUAUUUACAGUAUUAUUAUAUUAACAGGAGGCUUUUAUAAAGAGUUAACCAGCUUCUAGCAACCAAAACACAAAACAAUGCAAACAAAUCGCCUAUUUUAAUAAAGCAAUCAGUGCAACAAGAUGAGUUCUCGGGAUUAUUACAAAGUGACGUACACAAGCAAAGACUCUGAGCGUCCCAAGAUGUCCACACUGGACUGUGUCCUCGACAACGACACAGAGUUCAACGCGAACCAGUUCAAACUUUACGAUGACUUCACCACCGAUCUGCGGAUGAACUUUAACCCCAUCAGGAAUAACUUCCAAGAGCUAGCUAGGAAGGAGGCCAGGAGGAGGAUCGGCGACCCCAAUGACUCCGGUGUGGACAUGGAAAACGGGAACCCUCUUGAUGACGUUACCGCCUCUAAUGAUAGCGAUUUGUUGGAGAACGAAGUGAUGGUUGAUCCCUGGAGCAGUAUGGACUCAUCGAAUUCGCCGUUAACUGACUCCGGACCCUCCGCCAGCGAAGACUGCACCCCAUCCACCUCGAGCGAACCUCCCCGCGGGCCCCUGGAUGCCUCUCCGCUGUCCCCUGAUGCGCGCCGCUUACAGAACCCAAAAGAUGCCAAACCCUCAACGAAACAUGUCCCUCCAAAAAGUACAGACAAGGCGCGCUCUCGGGACCUCACCCUUGAGCUGGAGACCCUGGAGCCUGACCCUCUCCCACGCCGGCCGCACUUCCUCGACGAAGACUACCAGCCGCCGUCCAAAUCGAACAUCGAAUGCCGCAUUCCCAAACCGCACUUCCUCGACCAUUCGCCCUCGCCCGACGAGUUUGACGAACGCAGCGACAUAACCAAUCCGAAUUUCUUAGACGAUGAAGUCGAUGGCGAUGAUAAUUUAGCACAAAAGAAAGUCGGCGCUCUCCCGAAGAGGCCGGCCAAACCUCAAACCUCUACUUAUUCCUCUCACGAAGAUCGCCCACAUAGGACAAGUUAUAGAAGCACCUUGCACUAUGGGUUGGAGAGUGUGGCGCGUUCCAGUGAGCGUGACAAAAGGGCUUCCCAACUCUACCGGGGGACCUGGCCAGGGGAACGCGACGUCUGGACAGGUCACGAUUCGUCGAGCGUUCGAAGCUUCUCCAGCAACGGCUCAAACGAUUGUCCUAGACCGUCAUCCAAUUUAGACAAUAAGAUGGACUGCGUAUUUUCACUGAUUUCUCUUUUGAGUUUGUCGCCCGAAAACAACGCAGAUUUGAGUGCACCCCUUUUAGACAUGAGUCGGUCAGUAGAAAGCUGCAUCGCGAUGAGACAAGCCGGUUGUAUACCGUUACUGGUGCAGCUGAUUCAUUCUAAGGUGGCAAGGGACACGCGAGACCGCGCCGCGAAAGCGUUAAGAAAUAUUAUUCACACGCAAACAGAUGACAAAGCGGGUAGACGAGAGGCGAGAGUUUGGCGAUUACUAGAACAAGUUAGAGAAUACUGUUACGUUUUAGAAGACGUCGUCGAAGCUAGGAAAGAGGGUAAGGAGGUUAUAGAGGAUGAUGCGACGAAGCAUCCGAGUCAAAGCGUGGCCGCUUUGAUGAAGCUAUCUUUCGAUGAAGAACAUAGGCAUGUUGUGUGCCAGUUAGGCGGACUACAAGCACUCGCCGCCCUGGUGAGCGGCGACCAGGCGGCGCACGGGAGCAGAACUGAUGAUAACACGUGCCUGACGAUGAGGAAAUAUGCCGGAAUGACCUUGACCAACCUAACAUUUGGCGACGGAAACAACAAAUCGUUGCUCUGUUCGUUUAAGGACUUUAUGUUGGCGUUGGUAGAACAACUUGAAUCACCAAAUGAUGACAUGCGACAGGUUACAGCGGCAGUACUAAGGAAUCUUUCAUGGAGAGCAGACACCAACAGCAAGCAAGUGCUGCGAGAGGUGGGAGCUGUCAAAGGUUUGACCAAAGCUGCGAUGACCUGUCAGAAGGAGGCGACUCUCAAAUCGGUAUUAUCAGCUCUAUGGAACUUGACAGCUCAUUGUUCAAUGAACAAAGUAGCAUUAUGUUCUGUCGACGGAGCCCUAGGGUUCCUAGUCGACAUGCUCAGCUACAACUCCCCAACGAAAACGCUGGCGAUCGUGGAGAAUGCGGGGGGCAUCAUGAGGAAUGUCUCCAGCCACAUCGCGGUCAGAGAAGAUUACAGACAAAUUCUCCGGGAGAGAAAUUGCCUUAGUGUCUUACUGCAGCAUCUGAAGUCCCCGAGCUUGACGGUAGUUAGCAAUUCGUGCGGCACUCUUUGGAAUUUAUCCGCCAGGUGCCCGCAGGACCAGGAGUUCCUCUGGGACCACGGAGCGGUCCCGAUGCUCCGCAGCCUCAUCCACUCCAAACACAAAAUGAUAGCCAUGGGCUCGAGUGCCGCUUUGAAAAACCUACUGAAUUCGAAGCCGGGGAAAACGCACAUUAUCUCCCUCGAUACGACGGCGCGAAGUAUGAACUUGCCCGCUCUGCCGACCCUCGGCGCGCGGAAACAGAAGGCGCUGGAACAGGAGCUAGAUCAGAACUUAGCCGAGACUUGUGACAACAUAGAACCGGCCACGUCCCCUUCCACCACCAAUAGAGACGAGAAGAAUCUGUUUACGGCGACAGAGAGACAGAUCGCUAUGAAUCUCGAAAGACACAGAAUGACAUCUAGUUCACCGCUCAUGGGCACGCUCACGUCACAAAUAUCUCUCAGCCACAGUGCACACUUAGCGAGUUAUCUAAGCUGCAGUAAUACACUGCUGAAAGGCGCUCUAGUUACGCGGUCCAGCGGAGGCAGCUCCAACAACGUUAACAGAUCGGACAGCAAAGACUCCGUGACCAGCACUCAUUCAGACUCCGUCUUUGAAAGGGUCAUGCGAACGGGCAAAGUCCCCGUGCCAACGCCGAGAAGUAAAGACUUGAUGAAGGUCGAGACGGGCAGCGAAGCGUUUAAGGUGUCUUCGAAGCCGCUCGCCAAAGACGGCAGCUUCCUUCGGUACCCCGCCCAGCCGCCCAUCCCUCCGCCCAGAAGUACGACCGAGUUGAGACCCAACUUUACAGAAUCUGGUUAUGACGUCGACCAAGAUUCUUGCGACCAACCAGUCGACUACAGCAGGAAGUACUCUGAGACGAAGGUGACCGAAGCGGAGCCUUUAGAAAAGCCAAAAACUUCAAAGAAGUAUUGCAAGAAGGACAGUCCGAAUACCUUUGGAGAUUACCAGGAGACAGAUCUGGACCAGCCCACGGACUAUUCUCUGCGGUACGCGGAGCAUCAGUCCGAGACCGGUUCGGACCUGUCGGAACCGCCGGAGCCUUCGGACACCAUCAAACACUUCGCCACCGAGGGCACUCCUUACGAAACUCCAAUCAUAUUCUCAACCGCGACAUCUAUGUCUGACCUUCGCGUGAUCGGCAAAGACGGGAAGCCGAAAACUCCUAGUACAAAAGAAAACCCAGAGGCGAUGACUCAUUCAGAUGAGAAGGACACAUGUUCGAUCGAAGACCCGCCUCGGCAUGACAAUGACUUAGCGGCCACCACUCCUCAGGCGUCAAUGACCGAAUCUGAUCAGAAACGGGGAGUGUUUGAUACGAAGUUCAGUUCAGGCAUGAUCAGUCCUGAGAAGCCCGUGAACUACUGCGAUGAGGGCACUCCAGGGUAUUUCUCUAGAGUGAGUUCGUUGAGUAGUGUGGGCGAGCCGACUGAAGAGGAUUGCUUGGCUAAGAAGAACGCCAUGGCCACCAUUAAUGUCGAGCCGAGUCCUGAAGAACCAAACAUUAACAGCUCUGCUAAGGACAAAGAAGGCUCAAAAGCGGUAACGUUCGCCCGCGAGCCGGUAUCCGUAGCGGCGUCCGGUGGAGGCUCGCCGCGCUUCGUGCAGGAGACGCCGCUGAUGUUCUCGCGGUCCAGCUCGCUUGGAUCGCUGCCCGACUGUUCGCAUGACGACCAGGGAUCCGUGCUGUCGGAAUUCAGGUGUUCAGCGUCACAUGAGCCGGGCCAAAUGGCGUCGGUGUUCGAGGAGCGCGUAUCCCGGUUCGUGGUGGAACACACGCCGGCCGCCUUCUCCGCCGCCACCAGCCUCAGCAGCCUCACCAUCGACACCGAGCCCCGGGACAAGGUCAGCCCGCGAGCCGCUCGUGCGAGCCCCACGCUAGUGUCCCGGGUCGUGGCGGAACACACGCCGGCCGCCUUCUCCGCCGCCACCAGCCUCAGCAGCCUCACCAUCGACACCGAGCCCCGGGACAAGGUCAGCCCGCGAGCCGCUCGUGCGAGCCCCACGCUAGUGUCCCGGGUCGUGGCGGAACACACGCCGGCCGCCUUCUCCGCCGCCACCAGCCUCAGCAGCCUCACCAUCGACACCGAGCCCCGGGACAAGGUCAGCCCGCGAGCCGCUCGUGCGAGCCCCACGCUAGUGUCCCGGGUCGUGGCGGAACACACGCCGGCCGCCUUCUCCGCCGCCACCAGCCUCAGCAGCCUCACCAUCGACACCGAGCCCCGGGACAAGGUCAGCCCGCGAGCCGCUCGUGCGAGCCCCACGCUAGUGUCCCGGGUCGUGGCGGAACACACGCCGGCCGCCUUCUCCGCCGCCACCAGCCUCAGCAGCCUCACCAUCGACACCGAGCCCCGGGACAAGGUCAGCCCGCGAGCCGCUCGUGCGAGCCCCACGCUAGUGUCCCGGGUCGUGGCGGAACACACGCCGGCCGCCUUCUCCGCCGCCACCAGCCUCAGCAGCCUCACCAUCGACACCGAGCCCCGGGACAAGACUUCCCUCCGAUUGGUGGAUGAGUGCCAGCCAAACCCUUCCGUGAGGCCGAUAGACGACCAAUUAGAAUCGGACUCCGAGAGAGAUGAAGUCAGGGACCAUGUCCAUCAUUUACCACCUUCAAGUUCCACUCCCAACGCUCCAUAUAAAGGCUCUCAAACGCCAAGCGACGUGUGCAAAGUAUACUUCACCGAAGACACUCCAGCGAUCCUAUCCAAAGCGGGCAGCAACUCCAAUCUGUCCGCGCUAUCCAUCGACUCGGCGCCGUCCGGGUUGCGUCCGGCAGCGCUGGGUGCGUCCGACACUAGUCCGGACGCCAGGAACGCCGGACAAAAUGAGCCGGACACCUCUGAUAGCUCCAACUUGAGCGACGCGGGAGAUUUGCUGGAGGAGUGCAUUCAGAAAGGGAUAGCCAAGGUUGUGAAAAACAAGGGACCUCCAUCCGACGUGUCUUCCGUUCCCUACACAGUGAGAGGCGACGUUUAUCGCUCUCUGCCGCCAUAUUUGAGGUCUUCCACUGAAACUGUCAAGAUGUCCCACGAGUUUGCCAGGAAUAUUCGUGAUAGCCGCAGCUGCAGUUCAGAGCGCGGUCCCGUUGCCAGCCCGCCGCCACUACCUCCUCGGCCCGCGCCCGUGCCUGCUCCGCCGCGUCCGCCUGCACACGACCCGCUCGCUGCCGGUCGCAAGAACGCCGACCGCUCAGUGCGCUCGCGCGACCUCGGCGCGGAAUCUGGUAGCUCACUAAGCUUAGAAUCCUUUGGAUCUACGGACCGCGAGUUAUUUGAGGAAACCGUGCAAGCUGGGCUACCGGAGCGAGCGCGCCGCCCUGCACAACCACGAGACGGGUCUCUGAGCUCGCUGAGCAAUGACUCCUUUGGAUCUACUGACAAGGAGGUGUUCGAGCGCUGCGUACGCGCGGGCAUGCGGCGCGGCCGGCCUCGAAGCGCCGAGCGGCGCCCGCCGCGCCCGCGGCUAGCGAGACACCGCGACCACGAGCGCGACAGACGAGCCUCAGCCGACCGGGCCCUCCUCCGCGACGUGAUCGAGCGCGGCGCGGCGGCGGGCCCCGCGCGCCACGCCCCCGCGCGCCCCGCCCCCGGCCCCGCCCCGCCGCCAAAAAACGGGGCCCCGCCGUCUGCGCCCCGCGCGCGCGCAGGCCGCGGCGCCCCCGCGCGCGCCACACCUGGCUGUGACACAGGUCAGACCACAACCUCUCUAGGGACUGACGUACACUCUCUAGGGACUGAUGAACAGGACCCUGAAGCACCGGAUGAUUCAGCCGGACAAGAUCGAGCUCCGGGUCCCGAUGCGCUCUCUCUAGGGACUGACGUACACUCUCUAGGGACUGAUGAACAGGACCCUGAAGCACCGGAUGAUUCAGCCGGACAAGAUCGAGCUCCGGGUCCCGAUGCGCUCUCUCUAGGGACUGACGUACACUCUCUAGGGACUGAUGAACAGGACCCUGAAGCACCGGAUGAUUCAGCCGGACAAGAUCGAGCUCCGGGUCCCGAUGCGCUCUCUCUAGGGACUGACGUACACUCUCUAGGGACUGAUGAACAGGACCCUGAAGCACCGGAUGAUUCAGCCGGACAAGAUCGAGCUCCGGGUCCCGAUGCGCUCUCUCUAGGGACUGACGUACACUCUCUAGGGACUGAUGAACAGGACCCUGAAGCACCGGAUGAUUCAGCCGGACAAGAUCGAGCUCCGGGUCCCGAUGCGCUCUCUCUAGGGACUGACGUACACUCUCUAGGGACUGAUGAACAGGACCCUGAAGCACCGGAUGACUCAGCCGGACGAGAUCAAGAUCAAGGUCCCGAUACGCUCUCUCUAGGGACUGACUCAGCACCCGGCGACCGCGGACAACAAGCUCCGGAUGCAGUCACGGCCAGAAUUGAGGACAACGAUGAAGAUCCAGAGACAGAAUUCGGCACAGGUGAUGUGGAAAACGGUGAGAACCUAAACCCAGAUGGAACGUCCAACGGUGAACACGUAGUUGGAUUGGAAACCGCUGAAUCAGAAAAUUUCGUCGCCUUAGCUGAAACGGAAGCUCCUGUGAAUAUGGACACGGAAUGGGACGAUGCUGCUCUGGAUCUAGACGCUGCACUCGUGCUAGACGUCGAUGACUCGGCUGACGAACACCACACAGCUGAUGACGCUGAAACAAAUGAGUAUCUGUUCGAUAACAACAUGUCGCAGAGCACUCACGUUAGGAACGCAGAAGAAACAUUCAAAAUACACUCCGACGCCUAUCACAGUAUCCUGCAAAUAACCGAAGACGAAAACGCAACACAAUCUUCCAAGCCACAAAACCGGGUCCAACCUUUCCAGUACAACAUUAGCCACGAUGAUAAUUUCACAAUAAACGUUACCGAUACGAGUCCAAUUUCUAAAACAAGUCAAAUAGAAGACGCAGCAGAUUUGCUCAAAAUGUUAGAAGAAACUGGACCAUCGAAGAGUUCGCUCGCCCCGUCCAUAGACCCACUGUCGGCUUCCCGGGGAUCCAACGAGUGCCUGGCCCCGAGAUCCGCGAAUACCACCCUAGAAUCUCUCCCGGGAGACGAUCUGGAUAGAUCUAAUGAGUCCUAUGCCGACGUCACAGAUGGAUCUUGGAGCGAACCCGGAUCCCCUAAAGCUAUCGACACGGGAACCCUAACCAGGAAAAAGAAGCACGAACCAGAGUGGGUCGAUAUAGGAGCAGGGAGCAAACUGCCGAAACCAGAAGACAAAAGUGCCGCAGACACGUGGAACGAUGACACGUGCCCCGAUGACGUCACCUUCCCUACGAUCAGUGGGUCAGUGCACCUGAUAUCAUCUAUUCGGAGUGAAGUUGUGGAUGUGAACACUACACUACCAGACCUCUUGGAGAAGAGUGAAGUAGUCAAUAUCUCACUCUCGCGUCCAGAUUUGACUGAGAAGUUGGGUGGAGAGCAUACUGAAGUUGAGGAAUCGACAAGGAUCACGCUCGAUGACGUGGCUGAGCCGAGCUUCGCGUCGCUAGUCGAUGAUGGCGAACACAGGUUUGACUCGAUCAUAUCCUCGGCCAUAGAAAAAGAGGCAGCCAGACUCGCCGCCCAGUUAAAGUUCUCGCAAUACGGCAUGGAAAACAGUGUCACGUCGUUGACGUCACUGGACCUGGACAACGUUAGACCUCCAUCCAACUUGGGCAGUCUCUUAUCCCUAAGCGCUUCAGGACAAUGGGAGGAAACAGCUCCGAAUACCAAAAAGUCUCAAAAAAGUCGCAAGAAGUCCCUCCCUGUAGCAUUCAUGGUCAAACGCGCAUUGAGCAAUUCCAUGCAUCAAGGCAGCUCUGAACAUUUAGAUAGCAAUCCCGUCAGCUUCCUAGACAAUGUAAAACCUCCUUCGGAAAUGGAAAACAUAGACAUGGAAGGCAGUAUGGUAUCAGUGUCGAGCAUAGUAUCAGAAGUGGCUGAGAUGAGGGAGAAAACACCCGUCGUGUUUGACUUGAAGCAGCCAAUACAAGACUUCCCGCUUUGCAACCCUUACGCAAUCUUUCAGGACUUGGAUAAAGUCAACCCUCCAUCGCUAUUUGACGAAAUGGCUGAGUCUACGAUAGAACUAGAGCCGACUACCGCUCACCAAGUUUACGACGACUGCAUCUCGAAUACUUUAAAUGUUGUAACAGAUAUCCCUUCAGGGUCCGAAAACUGCACGCCUUUGCCUUCAGACAUCAGCAGUGUCGAGUCGACACCGAAAAGACAAAGAGACCCGCACUAUUUGACCCCAAAAGAAAAAGAUAACUCUAAAGAUAGGUACCAAACUUACACUAUUACGGAUACCGUGACGGAAAGUGAUAUAGUUCUGGAAGUUGAAGAAGACUUCGUGACUUGGACCAAGUCGGAAAGUGACAGAUCUGAGGAGUACGUCACUGCGUGUUCUGAUUCUAAAUCGAAGAGGAAAAUUAGUGCGAAGCAGAGGAGGUUAGAGGACAGAGCUAGGUAUCAGACUCAAACCGUUAAUAUUCAGAAUAUAAUUGCUGAAACGUCGCAAAUUAAAACACCCGACCCGCACAUCGAGAGUCUGAAGCAGAGGCUGGCUGCCAAAAAGACCAUGAAACAAAAACGCAUAGAAGAUGCAGAAAGAUUUAGAACUAGAACUCUCAGUGAGGACAUCCCGCCGUCUCCAACGUUCGUCACAAAAGACGCUAAUUUCGAAAAUCUCGAAACAACCACUGGCUACGACAGCCUGUCGUCCAACGAGUUGAAUCAUCAGCAGAUUCUGGAUGAGAGGCAGAGAGACGAUGACGUGUUCUCGAGGGACGCGGACAGCGGCCACAACGAGGACGACUUCGAACUGAACUCCACCCAGAUGCAAACCUACACGAAGAGCUUCAGAAACUAUUUGCCAGUGAUCGAAAGCCCGGCGGCGGUAGACAUGUGCGUAGUUAACAAUUUGAAAAAUAUUGAAAUGACCGCAUCGUACAGGCGCACUAUGCAAGCGCAAGCCGAGAAGAAUCAGCAUCCGAGCAGCAGCGACUUCGCCAGUUACGAAGGCGACAGCAACUCCGAAGACCGAGCCCAUUCGGAGUCGGACCAGGAGUCGGGCAUGUCGCGGCCCAAACCCAAGAUCAUCAAGCCUAGCUCGAGAAGGGACGAGAGCUUAGAUAGCAACGAAUCUUUAGAAAAGGACGAAGCUCCCAAAGCUAUCAGGGGCAGAAAGAAAGCGAUGUAUGUGUCCCCCUACCGACGAAACACUCCAGCCGCGAAGAAACCGGCCGCAGCGGCUCCUUCCAAACCCACUCCAAAGAAUAUCACACCUCCAAAGACGGCCACCAACGUCAAAGCUCAUCCUAGUGCCAAAAUACCGAACAGAACGCCCACUGCCUCCAGAACUCCGAGCGCUAACACUUCCCCGAAGAAAUCUAUACCGAACAGAUCGCCGACCAAAAUAGCUCAACAGAAGCCCGUGUCCGUUCCGCUGUCGACGCCGGCCAAGCCUCUGCCGCUGGAACGGCAGGGGACCUUCACCAAGGAGGAGAGCUCGGUGCCACCCAAGGACUUGCCCGUUCCGGACAAGAAGAGCACUGGGCCUCAGUACGGGAAAGCGACGUCUCCGACCAAGCCGACCGCUUCCAACACCUCCCCGUCUCGCUUACCGCAACUGAACCGGUUCUCGCGGCCGGCGGCGAAAGCCGCUGCGAGCAAGCCGGCGCCAAAAGCCACCGCCAAGAGGCCCGCGGAAACUCCCAUGAAGAGCUCCCCGUCGAACCACAGCCUCCAGAGCAACGACAGCGGCAAAACCGUCACCCUGGCCUCGAGGAGCUCGCGGCAGGGGAGCACGUCGAGCGUCAACUCGGUUCAGUCGUCGAAAACGAACACCAAAGACGUGGAGAGUAAGAUCGCGAGUUUGUGGAAGAGGGUGGAGCAAACUAAGAAGCAGCCGAGUAAGCCAGACAAGCGGGUAUGGAUCGAGAGCGACAAGCCGGAGACGCCGAAGCUGAUCCGAAGCUCCACUUUUGAAGGGCAGCCUAAGCAGAGCACGGUAGCGAGCGCCCAGAAACAGAAGUCUGCUAUCGGCAUCCGCGUGUCGCAAAUCCCUAGCUUGAGGCCCAAAGCAACACCCGCCCGCACCCCUGCCCCUGGCACAAGCGCUGCUAAAAAGCCGGCGAAUACGCGGGUAUUCGCCAGGAAACAAGUGAACGGCCAAGUAAAUUCGUAAACGUUAUGUUCUGACGGCAAGUGAUUUUUUAUGAUGCAAUAUUCUGAUGGACUUCAGCAUGAAGUGAUCUAUCGAAUUUAACUUUCGCAAUGUUGUAUCCUAUAAAAUACGAUGAUUGACUGAUGUCUUCGCACGCUGAAACGUAAUUCUUGUAGAUUAUGUAAAACGAAUGAUUGAGCAAUUAACAGUUGAUUUGUGAUGCUGAUUAUUUUGUAAUUUCCAUGAAAAGUUUACAGAUUGUUCGCUAUUAUUUGUUUGAAGAAUGUUUAUUGUGAAACCAUGUUAGUGAUUCCUUAUGAUUUUAUUUUAUAGUAGUUUUAUUGUAUAUUUGUUGCAUUUAUUCAUAUAGGGACUAAAAAUUAUAUAUUUGUACCUACAACUAAAGUACGUAAUCGUUUAUUGACUGCAAUUUUUAGUUUUUCUUAGAAUAUGAUAUAAAGACUUAUCACAUUUAACGAAGCCGGCAUAAUAUUAUUUUUAUACACCUACAGAUUGUUUAGUGAUAAAAUGAUGUUUGAUGUAUUUUACAAACUGAACUGCGGAUGGCGUCAGUGCUCCUUGUAGGUGAGAAAUAACCAGCCAUUGCUUAGUGCAAUUAUAUAAUUAUAAUACAAAAAUAAUUAAAUUGUACACUUUAAUGUAGGAUGACUUUUAUGAGAUAAGGUGUUACAGGGAUAUUGUCGACGCCACCAUAUUAUAAUCUCACUAAUGAACUCAAUAGUUGGGUGAGCGGUUUUGUUAUCUUUCGAUAUUGAAAUUAUAAUAUCGAUGUCUACACAAUAUUCCUCUGGCUCAUUGCAAUGAAGCCAUGCUUUUUAUCGAAGUAUUUUACUAUUUCUCAGAUGUAGAUGUAAUAAGUAUAUUUUUAAAGCUGAAUUCAAAGACCAUUUUAACAGACGCGUUUUCAAAAACCACAGCACAGCUAAGCUUGAAUCGCCAAAUAUUGAAGGUGUUCGGGAAACGAAAGCUUCUACCGUGUCAAGUGACAAAACAUUAGUACAAUAAAGUCAAUAAAUCACCAACAAUUUGAAUCUUAUCAAACCAUACAGCAAAAAAACUUCGCAUUUUACUACAUACCAUUUCAGUUGAGAAAAUUGAAUGUUUCUCGCUGAAAUAACCAAGUAAAAUGUCGCCCGCACAUUUCAUUGUAAAUAUUUCACACCACAAUCGUAGUUUUUAAGGUUACCAUAUAAAUACAAUUUGUAUAUUUUUCAUAAUUAUAUUAUAGCAAAGGAAAUGUCACAUCGCUUCUGAGUAAAACUGCGGGCAUACCUGUGCGUAUGUCACAAUUUUUUACGUCUAGUCAAACUAUGGAUAAGCGGGAUUCAUAGAAAAAUUUCGGCUAAGGAGAGUAAUUUUUACAAAAAAGGAUCGUAUCGGUUGUUAUACCAAUCCAUGUAAUCGGUAGGUUUAGCUGGCUUCCUCUAGAUAAUACUUCCGAACAUUCUAAGACUUUGUAUUGUUUAAUGUUGUAGAUCCCACGAAACUUCCACUCCCCUAGCUUUAUGUUAAUGAGGAUCAAAAGCAUGUUCCCUUGAGAACGAGAGCAAUACCCAAUGUAAUGUAGUACUUGGCGUGGAGAAACGUGUCCUAAGCAAUUUUAUUGUAACUUUAUAAUUAAGUAUGUAUUUAGCUUCAAAUAUUUCACGUUUAGAAAAGAUUUUUUGUAACAGGUUUAUUAGAAUUAUUGUAGUCUGUAUAAUGAAUUACAUCACAUGUUAAGAUUCUGUUGAAUUAUUUUAUAUACCCAUGUAUUUAUUUUUUGAACUUUCGAGUACCUGUAGACCCUUCGGAGAAUUGCGUGACGAUAAUCAUCUAUUAUUUAAUUUAUGUAUUGGGUUUUAAAAUAAUUCUGUAUUUUGUUUAUUUGACGUGUGUUGUUUCAUUUGACUACUCUAAACACUGUAGUUCAUCGCCAUCCAUAUUUUCAUGAUAAAAGCCAGUUUAGUUAAAUAAAUAUAAUUAGUUGUAAGGUACCUAAUUUGAUGGUAAUAAAUGAUACUUACCUCA